CAUGGCAAAGGGUACUGGAUAUUUUAUUAGCUGUAGUUACGUACUACAAUGUUGACCAACUGAAUCACCUAAAUUUCCAUACCAAUUUCAUACAUUCAUUGAAGUGGUUAUUCUAGCUGUCAUGCCAGACACUGCGAGAGGCUGUGCUAAGAGAGUAACCUGACACUGCGGCUUGUCUGCUGUGGUUUGCCGGCAGCCAUCGUGUCACUAGCAGAGCUUAUGUUCAAUCUGAAGCUUCAACACUGGCCACACCACCACACAUAUAUGCCCUGCUAUAUUUAACCACGUAUGCAUUGAUGCAAUCGAUCAAGAUCUUGAUAAAAGGACAGUAGUAGUAUGUUCUUGAAUCUAUUUUUAAUCUUCUUUUAUCUAAAGUCGCUUGCUCGAGUGAAGUUUCCUCUGCACAAGCCCUAUAUUGUCACGCCCUCAUAUGAUGCGCAGCUAUGAUUUAUUAUGCCCUCUCCUGUAAACUGGGUUUUUUUUUCUACGUCGUGAGAAGUGAAGGAAUCUUCCUCCCCUUCAACCCCAUCUUCCGACUAUUAGUAUUAUACACAAAUAUAUCCUGUUGGCUGUGCCACCCCCUACCCCGUAAAAAAAUUUAAGAAAUGCCACAGACGUCUAAGCGUAAAGUUCAAGUUAGGUUUUGAUAUAUUGUCCUCCUGCUUGGGGACAAGAAUUUGUCAGGUGAUCGACAUGAUAUAGUGUCACUGUUUUGCCUUCUUUUAUUUCUUUUCUCAUGCACAUUCCUGAAAUAGUUGACAUAUUGCCACUCAAACCUUACUUUUUUUCGUAAUAUCAACUGCUGCUGUUAUAUUUUGCAAUGAAGAAGGCUAUGUAGCCAAAACAUGCUUAAUGUGUUUUGAUAAUAUACUACAUUAUCUCUUUAAUAAUUUUUUUACGCUUUGCAUUUGAUUCAGCAAGAAUUGGAGAGAGCACUUUCAAAGGUGGCUUUGAAAUUUAACGCUCACCAUUAUGGGCAAGUGCAGCAGGCUUAUUGCAUCCUGGGAAAGACUCAGACCGCUGUGGAUACACUUAUGAUGAGGUUUACUACAACCAUCCAUGAUCAAGCAUAUGCUGUUGUUGCUGACUAUGUCAAGAAAAGUGGAGAAGAUACAACGGAUGAUCACAAUCUAAAGGCACCCUAUGCAAGCCUUUGUAAACUUGUUAAGGCCGAAUAUUUCAUUCCCUGCCUAAUGGAAGUGUGUCAGGUAUUUUGGAGAAUUAUGUUUUGCUACAAAGAAGUCAAGGAGUGGCACAACCAGGGUGGUUUAGAGACACAAAGUGAAAGUGUGGAUUGGACCUUUGAUCGAAGUUACGUUAGAACCAAGUUGGAAAAUGGCCUGCUUAGAGUGUGGAGGGAUGUACAGCAAAAGGUACGACCAUACAUCCUGGCUCUUGAUAUGUCACACUUUAAAUAUGAUGACUUCAUCAGAGUGCUGGAUAUUGUGAACAGGUUGAUAUCGAUUGGUAUGGAGUUUUGUGGUGAGGGAUCCAGCAGCCUUCAAGAUUCUAUGAGACAGCAGAGUCUGAAUUACUUCAAGAAUUACCACAGGGCAAGACUUGAGGAACUAAAGAUAUUCCUUGAGACUGAAGCAUGGGAAGUUUGUCCUGUCCGAUCUACUUUCUCAGUUCAUCAGCUGAGGGUUUGUUUAAAGGUGGAUGUAUGCAAUACGUUUGCUUUGUGUGCAGGAGUUUCGCUUCAUUAUUUUCUGCAAUGUCAGCAAAAUACUAUUCACAGAAGGAUCGUAGCUGCUUUACACAGUCUCCGUAGAUGGCAACCCUUUUACUCCUCUGACGAAAUUGAAGAAGAAGUUGAAGAAAUUAUGACCAUGGAGGAUUGAGGACACUGUUAGUGAGAGUGAACAUGAGGAAGACAAUUUGAAGGAUGACUUAAAGCAUGCCUUUGUUGACGAA